AUGGCUAAGCAGGCUCUAAGGAGCACUCUGUGGCUUCUGCCAAGCAUCUUACUGUGUUUCCCAUUCUGUCCUCCCUUGAGUGGCCAGCAUGUGACUGAGUUGCCAGGUGUGCUCCACUGCGGGUUACAGAGCUUCCAGUUUAUUGUGAACCUCAGCCUGGAGGCAGAGAGUCCCGUGCUAACAGCUUGGGAUAGCCAAGGGCUGCCCCACAGGCUUAAGAAUGACUCUGAUGGUACAUGGGUGAUGGACAGAACUGAUGGAUUUUUGGUAUUGGAAGCCACCUACAAUGUCACUCUAGAAGGCUCCCAUUAUGUCAUGAUGGUCGGUGUGCAAGAGGUAGAUGUAGCUGGAAAUAUGACAGGAACAAGAGAGAGACUGCUUAAGUGCCCUUUGGAUCUUCACAGUAAGUCUCGAGAUGCACCAAGUGCUGAAGUGUGCACCUGUGCUCCCUCGCCCAUCUCCAGAGGAGACUGUGAAGAGGUGGUCUGCUGCUACAGCUCUGAAGAGGAAAAGGAAGGUUCCUGUUACUAUGGAAACACAGUGACCUCCCGUUGUACCAGGGAGGGCUGCUUUUCCAUUGCUGUGUUCAGGAAUGCAACCUCGCCACCCCUGCACUUGGAUUCCCUAUCCUUGCUCUUCAGGAACAGCAGUGGGUGUGAUCCUGUGAUGAUGACAUCCACCUUUGUCCUGUUCCAAUUUCCAUUUACUUCCUGUGGGAACACACGGCAGGUUACUGGAGACCAGGCCGUGUACAAAAAUGAGCUAGUGGCCAUUUGGGAUGUGCAAGCUUGGGGCAGAAGCUCUAUUACCCGAGACAGCAACUUCAGUCUCUGAGUCAGCUGUACUUACUCUGCUCUCAGCAACACAUCCCCAAUUAACAUGCAAGUGCUGGCUCUCCCACCACCCCUUUCUAAGACUGAGGCUGGGCCCCUCUCUCUGGAAUUUCAGAUUGCCAAGGAUAAAAGCUAUGGUUCUUACUAUGGUUCUGAUGCCUACCUACUGGUAAAAUUCCUCAAAGAUCCUUUUUAUGUGGAGGUCUCCAUCAUUCACAGAACAGGCCCCUCAUUGGGUCUGCUGCUAGAGCAAUGUUGGGCCACACCUGGCUCUAAUCCUUUUCAUCAACCACAAUGGCCAAUCCUGGUGAAGGGAUGCCCAUAUGCUGGAGACAACUAUCGGACCAAAAGGAUCCCUGUCCAGAAAGCAUCAAGUCCCUUUCUGUCUCAUCACCAGCACUUCAGCAUAGCUACCUUCAGCUUCAUAAGUGCUGUAAUGGAGAAGCAGGUUUUAAGUGGACAGGUAUACCUGCACUGCAGUGCAUCAGUCUGCCAGCCUGCUGGGAUGCCAUCCUGUGCGAUAGUCUGUCCUGCUUCCAGGAGUGAGUACCUAAGCUGUCUACAUUUCAGACCUAGCUCUCGUACCAGCAUAUCUAGCAAAGGUCCCGUGAUCCUCCUCCAAGCCUCUAAGGACUCUGAAGACAUGCUUCCUAGACACUCGAGCACCCCUGUGGAUUCUACUGCUCUGUGAGUAAUGGGGCUUUCUGCAACCGUGAUCAUCAUUGGAGUCUUGGUAGUAUCCUACUUGGCCAUCAGAAAAUGGAUAUAA